ACACUUAGGGUUCUACAAUGUAGCUACAAAAUUGUUAACUUUAAAUUACAGGUAUCGGUAUACUGUGUACAAUGUAUACUGUCAUUUACAUUUGAUUAAAUCUAGGAUAGAAGAUAUUAUGUUUCCGGCCCUAGAUUAUAUGUGCACAAAGGAUGCAGGAAGUCUCAUGAUCGACAACACCAUCUGUGAUUGCGUUAUAUAAUACUAAAUUGAUAUGAUCUUGAUGACACGACACGCCGCCAUUUAAAGUAUCACCAGCUUGUACAUGUAGGCCUACAGUGUAUCAGAACGGCACUUUUGUUUAAGAGACAAUGUCACUAAAGCACGACAUCUGCUGUUGUCCUAUAUCCCUGAUGUCCGAUGUGUCAGAAACGUGUAUUGAAGGAGAUUAAUCCCUAGUACAGGUUUUAGGGGUCGGUAUUACUUCCUACCCAGGUUCUGCAUUAAAAAAAAACUUGACACUGGAGCAUGGGAAAGGAAAUACAACAACAGGAGGUUGAAGUGUUUUCAGUUAUUUUUACUCCAUCUCUCUCUUCUUCCCACAACUUCAGUUAAGUCUCUCUUAAAUACAAAAUCUGCACAUGAGGGCUAAAUUCUCUAACUGAACAUAAUUUGAUCAAAUGUAAGGUGCACAUAUACUGAUUGGACAAAGAUAAGGGUAUAAUCAGACAUUAAGUCAUUAAAAAUUUCAAGACAUAAUCUGGGCUGGAAGUCACGAGGUACUUAUAACGAACCUUGACAUGGUGAUUAUGGAUUAACACGUUUUAAAACAAGAAAUGACAAAAACUCCCCCGCACUAACUUUACACGUGCUGCUUCCCUCUGCUGCCAUGCUCUCUUUUGCACUUUGCGCAUGCGUAAUAAGCUAUUAAUGACCUGUUUAAAGCACUGCUGAAACUACAGGAUAUUACAGGCAGAUUGUUGAAGGCGGUGACACGCACAUUUAUUGGACCUUCCAGGGAGGCACAAUAGCCAUUGGAGGCGGGCACAGAAACAGGAGCAAAGGUUAGGUAGACCAAUUAACUCUUCAAGCGGAACUGACUAGACAUUAGACAACGUACAAGUUGUUAGUGCCACCAUGUCAUCAGAUAAAACCUCGGACAAAUUUUAUGGCGUGGUCAUCAUUGGGGCAGGAAUCGCUGGACUUAGUGUGGCGGAGACCUUUACAGCAGCGGGCUUUGAGGACUUCAUAAUUCUGGAAGCUAGUGACAGGAUUGGCGGCAGGUGUCAUACUGAAGACUUCGGAGGCUCAUUUGUAGAACUUGGUGCCAACUGGAUCCAUGGCACCACUUCAGAGAACUCCAUCAUGGUGCUGGCAGAAGAGAAUGAUUUGGCCAAUAAACAAGAGCUGAUGAACUGGUCCAAAGGAUGUUUUUACAAGAGUGAUGGUCGCAAAAUUGAUGAGGAUCUUGGUGCCAAGGUCUGGGACUUCUGUAUGGAGAUAGAUGCAGAGGCCCAAAGAAUGCACUGCUGUCUUAGUAAACAAGACAAAACCAUUUAUACCGUGGAAGAUUUUUAUGUCGACAGAUUACCAGAAUUCCUCGAGAAAUUCUCCAUGUCUGACCGAGAUGAUGCUACGGCCAUUUUCAAUUCGUUUUUUAAUUACCAAAGACUAAAUUUCGGUUGGGAUAUUGCCAAGGUACCCUUCGAAUCAUACAUAAAGUACAAAGAUAUAGACGGCGGGGAUGCUUUCAUGCCAAAGGGUGCAAGGUCCUUGAUAAGUGCCAUUGCAUCUCGCUUUCGAAGUAAAGAGCGGAUAAAAGUCGGCGUGGAAGUGGUCACUGUCAACUGGGAAGACGGUGGAGUUAAAAUCAGGUGCUCUAGUGGUGACACCUAUCGGGCAAAAUGUGCUGUCGUCACGGUGUCGCUAGGAUACUUGAAGAAACACCACCAGACUUUUUUUUAUCCACCUGUUUCACAUGAAAAAUACCUUGCGAUAGAUAGAAUAGCGUUUGGUGUUGUUAAUAAAAUAUUCCUCGAGUACGAUCCACCGUUUUGGUCAAAAGACACUCCGUUAGACAGUGUAAGGCUCGCUUGGGACAACAAAGAACUUGUCAUCACAGACCAUAAAUCACAGUGGUUCAAGAGAAUAUUUUGCAUUGACGCUGUACGGUUCAACCCCAACUGCCUUUGUGUGUGGAUUUCAUGCCACGAAGGCCUCCAUGUGGAGACCGUUCCCGAUGAAGAAAUCUCGGAGACCUGCACCAUGGUGCUGCGCCAGUUCCUGGGUGAUCCUACCAUCCCUUACCCGUGCAAAGUCAUCCGGUCCACCUGGGGCACCAACAAGUACACCUUGGGGUCAUAUUCAUGCAUGGGAUUGCGGUCAGAUGCCAGCCACUUUAACAUUUUGGCUGAGCCCUUAAAAGAUAGCAAUGGUCAACUGAGGGUUCUUUUUGCCGGCGAGGCCACCCACGCUGCAUUCAAUGGGACAAUGCACGGUGCACGCGAGUCUGGUGUACGUGAGGCAACCAGGCUGUUAAGACAGUUUGGAACGGAUCCGAGAAAAAGUGAAUGCUUUAUCAGAGACCUAGUAGUUCUAAAUGAAGUAUAUUAAAACCAUGAAAUAGGUAUGCCUCGUCAUCUCUCACAAUGGCGGCUGCGCUCACGAACAUAAUUCGAGUUUUCUUGGUGGGUGACGUGAUGAUCGGGAGAGGCAUAGACCAAAUCCUGCCUUACCAUUGUAAACCGUGGAUGUACAGAGAUUUUAGGAACGAUUCUAGAGAGUACGCCCAACUUGCCAUAGACAAGAACGGUCCCCUGCCAAAAGAGAUCGGGAUGGAUUACGUAUGGGGAGAUGCCCUACAGAUCCUCAACGAAAAACAACCAGACUUUCGCUUAAUAAACUUAGAAACAGCCAUCCCCACCAGCGAAACCGCAUGGCUGGGAAACCCGUUAAGUACCGCACACACCCUCGGCACGUGGAAACUUUGCAAGCAGCCGGAGUGGACUGUUGUGUUCUGAGUAACAACCACGUGCUAGAUUGGGGCUACCCUGGUCUGGCUGAGACUCUUACAACUCUGAAAAAGGCCAAUAUGAAGUAUGUUGGUGCAGGAGAAAAUAUAUUUGAAGCUCAGAAGCCGGCGAUCUUUGAAAUUCCGAAUGAGGGACGCAUCGUAGUCUUUGGGGCGUGUCAUACUUCAGGUCUCGUAUAUGAAGAAUGGAACGCUACAGAGACAAAAUCCGGAGUGAACCUUCUUUAGUUUUGGUGAAACAACUUGCAGAUCAAGUAAAGAAAGUCGAGAAACCGGGAGACAUCGUGAUUCUUUCCAUCCACUGGGGACCUAACUACAAAUGGCAAAGUUCUCCUAUGGAGAGGGAAUUUGCACAUGCCGCCAUAGACGUUGCCGGCGUGGACGUAAUUCACGGCCAUUCAUCGCACCACGUUAAAGGCGUAGAGGUUUACAAUGGCAAACUCAUCAUGUACGGUUGUGGAGAUAUUGUUAGUGACUACGAAGGGACCCCUACCCCAUUACACAAGCGCCCAUUUCACAACGUGCGCAGCCUUAUGUAUUUUGCCGAUAUCGAUCCACUUACGGGAGAAGUUGUUGACUUAAAAAUGGUUCCCACAAUGAUGAAAAAUCUACGUGUGAACAGAGCCGAUGAAGAAGCUUCAAGCUGGCUUUAUGCAAAGAUGUCAGAGUUGUGUGAGGAACUCGGUGGAGGAGUGCAGUGGGACGGUAGCGAACUGAGACUAGUGUUACAGUCUGGUGGAACGACGCACUUCUUCACACAAGGGAUAGGCUGGACAGGAUCUGUACAGUGUACAAUUAUAUUGAUACUGCUAAUGUUCGUUAUCACCAUAAUUACUUGCAAGUCAUGUAUAUUUAGAAAAGUAGUUAAUCUCCAUAAAUGUCGCUAAAAUGUUUUCCUAUUUAUUGUCAUCGUAUUAUGCAUUUUGCAGGCCGUUUUGUACUUGUAGAUAUGUCAGUUAUCUCUCCAAUAUACUCUACUACAUGUACAUGUACAAUCGGGCCGUUUUUGAUAAGCACAAAGAUAGUUAACUAAGCUAGAAUGCCGUCAAUGUAUGAAUGAUUUAUAACAUUCACCAAAUUAUUGAUAGAUCCUGACUAGCAUGUAUUCUUAUUUUUUCCACUGGUUGAGGGUUUUAUGCUUUAUGUAACUGGUAAACUAUAAGUAUUUUAAUAUUUCACAAUCGUUACAAGCGACAUUUCCCAGUCGCCGUCAUCACACAAUUAUUCAAAAAUUAGAAACGUAGAACUUAACGAACGAACUUUAGCCAGCGGUUUGGGAUAUGGCAUAAUUUGGUAAUUAUGGGAAAAGCAUUUAUAAUUGAAAUUUCCAAUUUUCCAAUAAUUUUGUCAUAUAUUUGUCUAACGCU